AUGGGUUGUACUAACUCUGUACACGCACUUGGCAAGAAGAAGAAGAAGACAAGUAUCCCUGAAGUGGUGGUUUUUGUUCCCUCCAUCCGAUUCCCCCUCCAAUCUGAUCUUCAUAGGGCGCUCAAAGGGCUAGUUCCGGGGGAUCUUGCUGACAAGUUCUCUUCCCUUCGGAAUCAGAUAGUGCUAGUGGCUGAGGACACUGGGGGAUCUGCCAUAGCAGAACUGCGGAGAGCUCUGAAUGAAUACUUGGCCGUUCUUGUUGGGCUUACUAAGAAAGAGUAUGGUCUCGAGGGAUUAAUAAAAUUCAAGUGGAAAAAUUUCCAGGAUGGGCGACAAGUAUGGCUCUGUGUAGCAAAUGCCUGGUUUGAGGUGCUUUCCAUAGUUCAUCUUAUGGCUAUGCUUACACUGUCAGAAGCUGACUCGUUAUUGAUUCCGAAGGACCAUUCAGGAUCCGGAAUAAGGGUUGUAUCUUCAGAUAGCAAGAGGGAAGCAGUGGAUUUGUUACUGAAGGCAUCAGGAUACCUGCAGUUCUGUGUCAGGGAUCUUCUCACUCGAAUACCACUUGAAAUUAAGAAAAUUUUACCCCACGGUUUGCAGGAUGGUGUAUUAGAGGCUUUAUACAUUCAAGCACUUGGCCAGGGAACAGAAAUUCAGCUUGGCCUUGCUGUUGAAUGUCAGAACGCAACUUUGUCGGUGAAGAGAAGGUUGGCAUGUGAACAACUGAUUUAUUUUAGUCAGGCUUAUCAGUGCUUGUUGGAAUGUGGCUUCAACCAAGAUUAUGGAAAAAAGCAUCUCCGGUUCAUCAAAUGGAAAUUCUUGAAGCCAAGGUUAAUAUAUAUAUAUAUAAAGAGUACUUGA